AUGGGUGCCCCGGGUGGAAAGAUAAACCGGCCGCGAACGGAGCUGAAGAAGAAGCUGUUCAAGCGACGACGUGUGUUGAACCGGGAGCGGCGACUGAAGCAUCGGGUGGUCGGAGCUGUGAUAGACGAAGGACUGAUUACGCGGCACCACCUCAAGAAGCGGGCGUCCAGUGCACGUGCCAACAUUACUCUGUCUGGGAAGAAGCGCAGAAAACUCCUCCAGCAGAUCCGACUUGCCCAGAAAGAGAAAGCAGCCAUGGAAGUGGAAGCCCCUCCCAAGCCAACCAGGACUAGUGACCCACAGCCCAAAUCAAAAAAGAAGACAACCCCCCCCCAGGAUGUAGAUAUGGAGGACCUUGAAGAUAAGAGCUAA